CUCUGUGUUCCCCUUCUUUUCUUCUUAUUAAAAUCCAUUUAAAAAAUUUCGCAGCUUUCUGAAUUGUGACGUUUUGGAUGUUUGUGCCUUACAAUCUGGUUCAGUGUACAGCAAAAAGUCAUAUUGAGCAUUAGGCGAUAAUCAUUCCCACCAAGCAAAGCAACCUAACUCUUGCUUUUUGAUUACACAAAACUCCAGAGGCAAAAUUAUAUUUUUACAAACAAAUCCCAUCCUCCUUUUCCUUCUUCUUUUUGUCAUUUCAUACUUUUCUCUUGCUUGUCCAUUUAUAUAUUCCUGCACAGGCACAAAAACACUUUGUUAAGAGCACAGGAUGAGUUUGACACCAUAUUGCUAUUGGGAUCACAUUACAUGUUUAAAUAUCCUCCCUGAAGUUGCAGUUGGAGCAUGACUGCAUCUCUUUUCCUCUUGAUAACAAGUUGUGAAGUCAUUCCAGGAACUAAAUCUUGAGCAUAUGGGGUGCCUGUCAUCAACACAAAGGGAUUCUGGGGGGAAUGGAAAGUGGCCCAGAAAUGUUGGGGAGGUUGCAUUGUUUGUUCCUGGGAUGAGGAUACCUAAACCAGUUGAUUUCACUCAGCCACUUGGUGAUGGUUUAUCUAGGAAUUUGAUUGAACGGUUGUCUGCUCUUAGAACACGUAUUGUAGUCAUGGCGGGCCAAGAAGCACCAGUAGCUGCAAGACCAAGAAGAACAGCUACACAACAUGGAGGAUCAACAAUGCUUGAUCUUCAGCAGGCUCUUGAAGAUUACUUGCCAGUGCUAUUGGGGCUAGUUGAAAAUGGAAACCAGCUACAACAAGAGUUGCAAUUCUCUUGGCUAAACCAGGAGGACACUGCAGAGGAGACUACCAUGUCAAACUUUUGGUACGAGUUACUAUCAGUUUUGCACUUGAUGGCCAUGUUAUCGUUAUCACAGGCCAAUUUAUUGCUUCUUUCUAUAACCUCUAAUGACGGUCAUCUGUCAAAAUUAUCAGAAGAAAGCAGACGAGCUUGCAUUGAUAUAUUAUUGAAGGCAGCGGGAUAUUUGAAUUUCUCCAUCCAGCAUGUCCUCCCUCGUUUUCCUCCUGAUAUCAGGAAAGAUUUACCACUAGACCUGGGAGAGGGAGUGCUUCGAGCCCUUUGCCUGCAAGCACUAGGCCAGGGUGUUGAUCUACAGCUUGGAAUGGCAAUUGAUAGUGUCAAGGCCACACUGGCUGUCAAAAGAAGGCUUGCAUGUGAGAUGGUAAAAUACUGGCAUCAGGCUCAAGAGAGCAUUGUAGACCUUCCAUUAGCAAAUGGAUGGGGAGAGAAGCAUAAACUUUUUAUUCAGUGGAAAUAUGCUGAAGCCAAGGCAGCUGCGUAUUAUUAUCAUGGUUUGAUCAUCGAGGAGGGGAUCACAGAGGGAAGUACAGAAAUGGCCGUAGCUGCUCAACAAGCAGCACAGAUGUUAUGGCAUGGAAGUAGGAAGGCCUGUGAAUCCUUCCAUAGGAACCCUCCAGUGUCGCGAAAUCCAAUUCUUUGGGGAACCAGCAAGUUUCUUUCUGAAAAGAUUCCAAGAGAUAAAUCAAGUAAUGAGGAUCAGCACAAUCAUGAAAUGAUUCUACGAACUGCUCCAGCUUUGCCAGAAUUUGCUUUGUCGUUAGAACCUGAUGAAUACCAGCUUCCUGCGGUGGAUCCAUCUUGGAAUGGCCACAUACAAAGUCAAGAUUAAUUCUCCCAGCAAGACCCAUUGUAAGAGGAAGAACUUGAACGGGAACAAGUGAUCCUUACAUUCAGCUAAUCAUAUUUCUUUUAGUUAAAUAAAAAACAAUCUAUGUUGCUUCCUUAAAAGAAUAGGGCAGAUGUACCAAUUACAGUUCCUGUCGUGAGAAAUUUUUCAUUUUCCCUCUGUAUUUAAGACCGCACUCUCUUCACUUUCCAACAGAAACUAAAGGUUGUACCUGCUUACAUAGCUAGACAUUGAGGAGCUGUUUUAGCUUAAUGACAACUUACUGGAUCUCAAACUUAUUCGUUCA